UUUAAAAUAAGGCCAGUGAAGUGCUGCUGUUUGAGGUUAGUGCUGCUGUUUGCUCAUUUUGGGACUUGGCUGCGUGUCUCCAGCGGCGGGGAGUGACGUCAGGGCCGUUUUUUUGGAGCGACUACGUCAGCUGCGGAGCGUGUUGUUGCAGAGUCACUGCGACUGCCUCGACUGUAAACAAGGGCCAGGCGAAAGAAAACUCUAGAAAUAGGCCUUACAUCUGUGCUGUUUCCCACUAGUGUGGUCCGGAAUUUACAUUCAGCCGUAGGAAGUAUCGUAUUACGACACUAGCCAUCUAUGCGAAGUUUUAAUAUCGUACGGGUCGUGUUUUUUGCGGAGACAAUCGAUGAGAGCACAGAGCUAGCUUCGGGAGCUAGCUAGCCAACCCCAUUAGCUAGCUUACCUUCUCCGUUGCUAGCCUCGCUGGCUAGCCAGCAGCCAAGGGCCUGGUGCGGCUGAAACCCCCUGCAUGCCCUGCGUGUUUCUCUCUGUACUGCGACCAGGAUCCCCUGAACCCUGGGUGGCUGGUCAGAGCAGCCUCCUCCCACCAUGGAGGCAGGAGGGAAGGACAGUGAAGAGGAGACACUGCAGACGGCCUUCAAGAAAUUGAGGGUUGAUGCUGAAAGUCUGCCCGUUGCUGUGAAUGUUUCUGAGGCACUGGCUCCCAGAGCAGUGCCGCGGGCUUGUCCUGACACUAGCGGAGCUAAGCCCAAACUUGGCUGCCCAAAGGACAACUGGCACGGCUGUAUGAGGAAAACUUCCAGAGGAGCAUCCAGAACUCAGAGGCGCCGGAGGUCCAAGUCUCCCAUCCUCCAUCCACCCAAAUUCACCUACUGCAGCAACACUGCAGCAUCAACGCUUUCGCCCCCUAGCAGCUGCUUGAAGCACCAGCGCCUGGCCGUGCCUGAGUCUUUGGAGUCUUGUCCUGGUGGUGAGGGAAGAGCGCCCUCCACCGUGGCUGUUGCAGCUCACAAAGAGCUCUCUUCCUCAGGCGCCUCUGCCCACAUUUCCCUUCCCGUGUUUGGCGCCUCCGCUGGGUAUGAGCCAAGUAUUGGUGCUGGAGUUGUGGUUUCCUCCACCCAGUCCCAAGAGAUCCCCACUGUUAUCACUACUACUGCGACCACACCCAGGCAGGGUGGCGGGAGCUCCACAGCGGCCCAGUCAGGCAGGGAGAGCGGCCUUGAGAAAGUCUGCGGUGGGGCAGAGUCUGAGUCAGGAGCUGUUGAAGCCUCCGAUUUCCGCGCCUUGUCCAGGCUUCACAGCAGUGGCUCCUCAGCCGGUCCUUGCCCCCCGUGUUCCUGUGCCCGGAACGAGGGCUCCAAUCCAGGGGAAUGCCAGGGAGAAGGUGCACAGGGGGCAGGAUCUCAGUGCCAGUGCCAGUCCAGGUGCCAGACGCUCCACCCAGGCUGGCAUGGCGUAGAGGUGUACUCCUUCACGGGGCUCCGUAAUGUCAUCUCUGAGUGCGAGAGGAGCCUGCCCAACCACGAGGACGCCAGGCAAGCAGAGCGCACCCCGCACAGCCCCAGAACUCUCAGUAACACCGCCACAGCUACAUCACCUGCAUCAUCGCCGCCAUCGUUGUCGUCAGGCUCCCCUCGCUCGUGCUCGGAGCAAGCGCGGGCCUACGUUGAUGACAUCACUAUAGAGGACCUUUCUGGCUACAUGGAGUAUUACCUCUACAUCCCCAAGAAGAUGUCACACAUGGCCGAAAUGAUGUACACAUAAAGCUAACUGAAAAUAAUUAUAUCAAAUAAGGAAAUUAAUAAGAUAAAAGAGGAUUUUUUUUGUUUGUUUUGAAGGUAGAGGAGUGCAGAAAGGCAGUGGAAAGAAUGUAGAGGAGGAUCGGUGGGCAAAAUGUGGAUCAGGCAUGAAAGUUGUAAUUUAAAUAUACAGAAUUAACUGUUAAUUAACCCAGGUUGAAUUCUCCAUUCAUUUUUUUUUUACCCCUUUCCUUUAUUUGAUCCUGCCCCUCAUUCUACUAGAACUGACAGAAAAACAUUGACGUGUUCUGUUUCUCAUUAGUUUUGACUUUCGUCCCCUCACUCCUCUUUUUAUUUUGUUCUCUAUGGAUGACAUCAAAUUUUUGGUUUACAAAUGAAGUUGCCAAAGCUCUUGGUGCAGGGUCUUGCAGAGAGAGGUAAGAGUAGGAAUAUGCAAACUUGUAACGCCAAGUGUGAUUAUGUUUGUGGUGUUGUGACUGCAAAAGUCACCUGUCUGGAUUUUAUUUCACUCAAUAAAGAAUCAGACCUUUUUUUUUGUUGCUGAAAA